AGUAUUUCAUAUACAUAUUCAUAUGUCGUAUUUGUAUUUUUAUUUCCAAAAAACUUUUUUUAUCAAUGCUUAAAUUUAAAAGUGUUUUAUAGAUUUUCACUUUAAUCUAAAGCAUCUACUUGUGUACUACUUUUAGCCGCACCAAAACCACCCACAUGGCUCUUUUUAUAUGUUCAUCCAUAAGCGCACAUUCGGACAGUAAAAAGCAACGAGCUGUGAGAGUCAAUUGCAUGCAAAACUGUGCCAUUGUCAGACGCCGCUGCUGGGACAAAAGGGGUCCAUUCCGCAAAUGCAGUCUUAUGAACCAUAAGCCUAAUCAGCAAAAUAAUCAGCAAAGCACAAAACACAAACACUUGAAGACAAAGCCAAAAAGGCAACAGUUGGGCCUGGAUAGGAACGAGGGCUUGGCCUCUACUCCAUUCCAGCACUCUUGGCACUUGACAUUGGAGAGGAGAAAGAUGGAUGAAAGUAUCUCCCUUUGCUUCAUCCUAGGUUUGCCUGGAGCCCAGUAAGAGCAGUCCUUGCUUUGGCGACUCUGGUGGCCCAUUGGCAUUAAGAUAUGCUGAAGGUUCAAGCACAUUGGCGAGCAUCGCUUCCUUUGUGACCGACACGCGGGGUGCAUCUGUUUUGCAAUAGAUCGAAGAAGCUAAGUUAAUAGUUUUAAUGAAUAAAAUUAUUUAAAUUAUUAUGUAAAUAUAUUGAAUAAAUAUGCACAAUAUAAAAAUUACAACAAAAAA